AGGAGAUUCUCAGCCAGGCCUAUGAGAUGAUGGGACUGGGAAACGGGCGUCGGACCAUGAAGUCGCCGCCCUUUGUGCUGGCUGCCCUGGUGGCCUGUAUCAUCGUCCUGGGCUUCAACUACUGGAUUGCGAGCUCCCGGAGCGUGGAUCUCCAGACGCGCAUCAUGGAGCUGGAAGGCAGGGUCCGCAGGGCGGCCGCCGAGAGAGGCGCGGUGGAGCUGAAGAAGAACGAGUUCCAGGGGGAGCUGGAGAAGCAGCGGGAGCAGCUGGACAAAAUCCAGUCCAGCCACAACUUCCAGAUGGAGAGCGUCAACAAGUUACACCAGGAUGAGAAGGCGGUUUUGGUGAAUAACAUCACCACAGGCGAGAGGCUCAUCAGAACCCUGCAAGACCAGCUGAAGGCCCUGCAGAGGAACUACGGCAGGCUGCAGCAGGAUGUCCUCCAGUUUCAGAAGAACCAGACCAACCUGGAGCGGAAGUUCUCCUACGACCUGAGCCAGUGCAUCAAUCAGAUGAAAGAGGUGAAGGAGCAGUGUGAGGAGCAGAUAGAAGAAGUCACCAAAAAGGGGAACGAAGCUGUGGCUUCCAGAGACCUGAGUGAACACAAGGAACCAAGCCAGCAGCUCCGAACUCCCAGUGAGCCUCAGCCCCCGGCAGAGGUGCCACAAACGAAAGGGAAUGUGCCCGGUAACGGUGAACCCCAGACGCCAGUCCCCAGUUCUGAGGCGGCUUUGGAUUUGAGGAGAGAGGGUGAGAAAGAGGAAACCAAUGACAUUCAGGUCAUCAGCGAGGAGGCGCUUCGGAGGGACAGCCAGGCGCUGCCACGGGAGCCAGACCACGAGCAGGCUGUGGAAGCAGACAGACAUGUGGGCGGAAGAGACACGGGAGAUGUUAGAGACCCCGGCCAAACCCCACAGGUGCCAGCCACCCUGCUGAUGAGCCAGGAAAAUCAGGAGGUGGAGGAGCCUGAGCGGGACCAGCUUGUGGUCCGGGAUGGGCAGGAGGAGGAGCAGGAUGCUGACGAGGAAGGGAGAAACGAGCAAAAAGUGGGAGGAGAUGAUGACUACAACAUGGAUGAAAAUGAGGCAGAAUCUGAAACAGACAAGCAGGCAGCCCUUGCAGGGAAUGACAGGAACGUGAAUGUUCUUAAUGCAGAAAAUCAGAAAAGAGACGAUAAGUUUACUUGAUCAGCAUGAAAAGAAGAAACCCACAAUCAAACUGGAAUCACUUCAUUUCAUGUCAGGACUGAACAGCGAUAACUACAAAAUAUUCGCAAGGGAUUGAAUACUGUGAAAUUUACUAAGUAACAUAUAGACCUAAAGAUGAUUAUUGUGGAAUUUUAGUAUGUCACUGGGGGUUACUUUUGAAGCAUCUAUAUUAAAGAUGUUAACAUGUGUCGGCUAAUAGGUAUUUCAUGAGAAGAUCAACACCAAAAAUAGAACCCAACUUCUCCAGGAUAGCAACAGUGGCACUUAUCAUCCUGGGUCUACCUGUGUUUAAAAUAAAAUCCACAGGAAGAGUCCAUCUUCUGGUGCGAAGGCGAGGCCUGCUGCACGUAAAAAA